CACAGGAAGGUCACACCAUCCCUCACCAUCAUCAGGGGGAAGGAGCGAAGGGUAUAAAAAUUGAGGUGAAACAGGAAGAAGAGAUAUCUGUAAUAGAUCAUCAGCUGUCUAUAACUGAAGGUGAAUUGAUGGUGACAAUGACCAAGGAGGAAUCUUCUCUAGAUGUCAGCACAGGAGGCCACAGAAGCUGGAGAACCCGAGGGAGACGUCCAAUUUUAUCUGCAGAUUAUAAUGAAGAAGAUAAUGACCUGGUACAAUAUUCUCCAAGAAAGAGAAUUGUUACAAAAAAAUUACAUCAAAAACGUAAUCCUAUGGUAAGAUCAACAAAUAGGUUUACUUCUGAGAAUUCCAAAAAUAAAUCCCAUACCAACAUGCCAUAUGUCCAUACAAGUGAUCACAGUGCAAAUAAAUCACCGGAUCCUUUUGAUCUUGAGGAAUCUUCUCUCGAUAAUCUGCAUCCUUCUCAGAAUUGUGAAAAACCAUUCAUAGAAAACCAUGACCUGGUUGUACACCAGAGAAUUCCCACCAGCGCAAAACCCUUUACCUGUUCCCUGUGUGAGAAAACCUUCUUCAGGAAAGCAGGACUUGUUCAACACCAGAGAAUCCACACCGGGGAAACGCCGUUUCCAUGUUCUGUUUGUGGAAAGGCUUUCAUUGAGAGAUCGCAACUCAAUAGGCACCAUAUAGUCCACACCGGGGAGAAGCCCUUUCCCUGUUCCGAGUGCGGAAAAAGCUUCUCUCAUAAAGGGAACCGUGAUACACACAUGAGGAUCCACACCGGGGAGAAGCCGUUUUCCUGUUCCGAAUGCGGCAAAGGUUUUCCACAGAAAGCGGCACUAAUCGUGCACCUGAGAACGCACGCCACCGAUAACAUAGUUGUGAAGAAGACAUCGGGAGAUGGACAGAACUCCGUUAUGGUUCCUCUACUUUCCUUACUGGUUCCAGAAAGAAACAAUGAGCAGAAGAUUUUACAAGUCUCCCAGAAGAUCAUUGACCUCCUGAUGAGAGAGAGUGGAAACUGGAGCAAGUUUAAUGUUCGUAUCAAAGAAGAGAUAAAAGAAGAAGGGAUUAAAGAAGUCCAGAAAGAAAAUGGUACACAGGAAGGUCAAACCAUCCCUCACCAUCAUCAGGGGACAGAAGUGAAGGGUAUAAAAUUUGACGUUAAAGAGGAAGAAGACAUGUAUGUAAUAGAUAAUCAGCUGUCUAUAAUUGAAGGUGAAUUGAUGGGGACAAUGACCAAGGAGGAAUCUUCUCUAGAUGUUGGCACAGGAGGCCACAGAAGCUGGAAUAUCCCAGAGAGACAUCUUAUUUUAUCUGCAGAUUAUGAUAAAGAAGAUAAUGACCUGGUACAAUAUUCUCCAAGAAAGAGAAUUGUUACUAAAAAUUUACAUCACAAACCUAAUCCUAUGAAUUUUGAAACCUCAUUCAGUAAAAACCACGACCAGGUUGUACACCAGGGAAUGCCCACCAGUGAAAAACCCUUUAAGUGUUCGGAGUGUGAGAAAUCCUUCAUGAGGAAAGCAGGACUUGUUCAACACCUGAGACUCCACACCGGGGAAAAGCUGUUUUCGUGUUCUAUUUGUGGAAAGACUUUCACCGAGAAAUCGCAACUCAAUAGACACCACAAAGUCCACACCGGGGAGAAGCCCUUUUCCUGUCCUGAGUGUGGAAGGUGCUUCCCCCAUAGGGGGAACCGUGAUAAACACAUGAGGAUUCACACCGGCGAGAAGCCGUUUUCCUGUUCAGAAUGUGGGAAAAGUUUUGCACAGAAAUCGACACUAAUCAUCCACCAGAGAAUGCACAUCACCUGAGGCUGGUGAAAAACUUAUGGUGGCGUUUCACUGGUUGAAUCGUUAUGUCCUUGGAAAAACCAUACGAAAAAAAUGAGGCUUUUUGAAAGGAUCAGCCAACUCGUAUGGAAUAUUUUAGUUUUAUUGUUGUGUGAUCUUUGUUUUUUCUUUCUUUUUUUUUUUUAUUUUAUUUUUUAAUAUGUAUAUCAUUUAUUGUGUAUCAUCAUGUUGUAGUUUUUCCUAAAACUCAAACAUUUUGCCUUUUUUUCAUUCCGGAGAUUUCCCCUUCUUCCUGUUGUGUCAAAAAUUUAAGGAAACAUCUAAACCACAAAGAAAAGACACGGGCAUCAAUAAAGCCAUUUGGUAGAGCAGGGAAUAGUUUUAUCUGCAUUUUUUGGAUGUACAAGUCCCCCCUGGAGAGACUUUCUGUCCCGAUGUUGGCUGUCACUGGGAAAUUUCCUCAACAUGGAUACACGGAUGUGUCAUAUGCUUCAAAUGGAUUUAUCUUGGUCAAGGAGUUGGUAGUCCAAGUCUGUGUUUUUUAUUUUUUUGUUGUUUUUUUUUUUUGUUUUUUAAUUGGGUAAUUUAUUAUUACUCAACAAAAGCUCACGCCUUCUCCAUUCUGCCUAAAAAAUAACCAAAAACUGUUUUGGAUUUCCACUAAUUAUUGAAGUUCUCUGGGGACAAUGGUGGGGUUUUGGGCUGUCCUUUUUUUUCUUUUCUUUAUAUAAAGAUAUAUGUAUUGUGUAACAGCAAUAAGAUAAAGUUCUCAUUGGUAAACCAUA